GAAAAUAAAUAAAUAAAAAACGACAUAACAAACACAGUCUCGCGGAUCUUUGAACAAUUUCCCCUGUUUAUCUCUAUUUUUUCUCUCUCUCUUCCCGCCCUGAAUUUUCUGAACCUGUUUAUCUUAUAAAUUUUUUAAUUUUCUUAACCAAACAUGAGCGUUACCCAGUUCGCAAUGGUGGAGGAACUGGCGUUUCUAGUUAAGGACAAUCUUCCUUGCAAGCAUCUAGUUCUGUCAAUGGAGGAGGCUUUUAUGAAUUUCCUUCAGGAUGAUACAAGCACAGAUGGGAUCCUAGAGUUGGAACCUAUGAAUUCAUACAAUCGGCUUCUCCUGCAUCGUCUUGCAGAUAUAUUUGGAUUUGCUCAUGAAUCAAUUGGUGAAGGAGACGAUCGGCAUUUGAUUUUGCAACGAUGCCCAGAGACAUCAAUACCUUCCAUUCUUGUUAGUGAUAUACUAUGGCAGUGUGAUGAGCCUCAGUCUCUCACAGCAUCUCACCAUAUAUUAACAAGAGAAGGAACUACACCAGUAAUGGAGAAAAACUUGCCUUCUUUUGAGCUUAGUCUUGAGGAAAGAGAAGCAGCUUACUUAGCUGCUCGAGAACGGAUUUUUGCAAUGGAUGUUGGAGAGGUUCGAGAACCUGUUAAGCAUAAGCCACGAACUGUUCCUAUUGUAGCUCGUCGAAUGAUUGCACAUGCUUUAGGCCAAAGAAUUAACUUAUGCAAUCUAGACGAUAGUGCCCGGGAUUUGAAAGACCUAGGGAAAACUGAUGAACCAAGCGUUCAUGAUACAGAUAAAGUUGAUAAUAAUUCGAGAACAGAAACUCAUCAGGAUGCUUUUCUUGAACAGAGGAAACCGGUGGAUAUAUGUAGUAAAGCAAAUAGCAACACAAGUAAACAUAAUACUUCGGUAGUUUGUGAGAGGAAUGCUUCUGAUGAACAAACCGAAAAGCGACCAACCAAUGCUAGUAUACCGGGUAGAAGUCGAAAUAGAGUUAACAAAGAGUACUCGAAAGAAGAACAUCUAGGAGCUGCAAAGCGAAUGUUUGCUAAUGCUUUAGGUUUGCGCUCGGCUAAGGAUUCGAGAAGUAGUGAAAGGAAGACAACACAGUAGAUAAGGAGCUAUUAUGGUUUUUCCUAUCGGUUUAAAGAUAGAGCUCCAUUUGAGGAGGAAACAGGUAAUGUGAGUUUAGCUUGAUUGCUGCUUGCUUGCGUUUUUUCGUAAUUUGUAAUUGGUGACAUUACCGUCUUCCAAGUUUUUCCACUUAGGACUGAUGAAAUUCUGGAAAACGGGUUUGCAUCCAACCCGAGUUUCGAGCUUUGGUUUUCAUGGAACAGAAGACACAUCUAAGUUUUUGCGGGGAGUGAGUCAUAUUUGCAGGUGCAAAAGAGUAUUUUUCUCCCAUGUAAGAUAUCUGUAUUGUGUUAUGAUUCUUGCUUGAGAGAUAGGUACGGUGAAGAAUGAUUUAUAGGAGUAGAUAUGACAAUUGUGCAUUUGUUUCGUGCUCGUGUAUUUUCUUGUGUCAUAAUCUUGUAGGUAUUUUAUAUUUAUAUAAUUUUUGAGGUACUAAUAAUUUGCAUGA